AACCGAAAAUGGAAAUCACAUUCUAUUGCUGUUUGUAGAUAUGGCAGGACGAUGGAUUACGGGCACUCGUCAGACGUUAUAUUCGAGAGAUAACGAAUGGAAUGGAUGGAAAAGUGAUCGUCAUCGAUCUGCCCGAGUGAGCUUACGAGUGUUGAAGUUCUUUAAGUGAGUGAGUAAUCAUUAGUUGAAAAUUGAAUAAAAAAUAUAAAAUGAAUUUUUAAAAUUCUACUAAUUAUACGGUGGUAUAGAAUAAUGAUGUAUUGACUUGCUCUACAAAUUUCAUCCAAAAAACACUGCUAGAAAAUUAUUAAAGUUUUAUCAUUAAAAUGUUUCAUUCCCCAUACAAAAUGUAUGGGAUACCCAGGAAUGCCGGUCGUAGAGUUGAAGGUGUAAAUUUGGCCAUUGACACAACGGUUAAUAUCCGACAUUCGAAAACGAAGCUAUAAGAACCUUGGUAUCGUAAGAGCACCAGCUUCUGAGUUUUGAACGACAAACUAUAAAUGGAUUCAAUGACAGCGAAUUAUACAAACAAAUUCACCAGUUCACCAGUCUGUACGAGCCAAAGUACAAAAUCUUCUAAAUAUCUGAUCAAAUGCAAGUUCUUGACCGUGUUUACAGCUAGAACGUUAUCAGUUGAACGGCGGAAGGAUUCGCUGCGGAAUUGAUUUCCGCACACGAAGCUGAUUCAACUUUAGCUGAUGUUUACGUUUGCCUUAUCAAGCAACCACCGUUCGUUUGUCAUUUGUCACUGACGUUCAGUAACAAAAUUCCAGGUGAAUAAUAACAACGCGUCUAGGUGCGUGGCUCUAUUUGGAAGAUAUCUACGUACGUGCAACGACCUUGUCUAGCGUGCAACAACGCAUAACGAUACGGUGUGGAAAAGUGGUUACGUGGUGCUUGUGCCUGUUUUGGCCUCCGUGAUACCUCGAAAAGGUCGAAAUGUCUUCCCCGAUUAGUUCGUCUUCGGAAUACAACAGCGCGCUAGAUCAAACGUUGAAUUCCACCCUCGGUUCAGAUGCGAUGAACAAUUCCGAUUUGAGCAACAGUGAUAUUGAGAAUGUGAACCUUACUGGCGAUUGGAACGAAACGCUCCGUGCGAAACAGAAGAAAAAUGCAAAGGAUUCCACUCAGCAGCUUCUGGACAGUUUGCGGAACAACAACUUUGACCAGGCAGGUGACACGAUAGGCGAUGCGAGCGCUCUCAACAGCACGGCCAGCACGCUCAGCUUAGAUCUGAGCGCUGCCGGCGAGUUGUCUGAUACGAUCAACAACGUGACACUUUCGUUCGUGAGUUCAUCGGAGGAGGACGGCGAGCUGUUGACGGCCAGCACGCCUCGCGCUCCCGAUGUCAGUGUUAAUAUGUCGCAGUCCGACACGUCCACCAACACGACCCAGGGUGAGAAGGAUUCGCAUGACACUACGGCCAAUGUGUCCCAGCUGCCAGCCGAAAGUGGUAGCGAUUCGGCCAUUCCGCUCUAUGCAACGCUCGAAGAGUUUGAUCGAAAUCUGCCGGAAACGGUGACGCUGCUAACUAAGCCGGACGGUACGAAGGUGUAUCUGGUUGGGACGGCUCACUUCAGUGAAAGUUCACAGCGGGACGUUUCGCUAGUGAUGAGGAACGUGCGCCCACAGGUAGUUAUGCUGGAACUGUGCACAUCGCGUGUGCAUAUUCUAAAGUAUGACGAGAAAACGCUUCUAGAGGAAGCGAAGGAGAUGAACCUGGCCAAAAUGCGUGCCAUCAUUCGAACAAAUGGAUCGAUCAAUGGACUGUUCUAUAUACUGCUUCUAAGCAUGAACGCAAAGUUCACGAAAAAGCUCGGCAUGGCACCGGGUGGUGAGUUCCGGUGCGCGGUCAAAGAAGCGCAACAGAUUCCGAACUGCGUAAUACAGCUCGGCGAUCGGCAAAUCAAUGUAACACUGCACCGGGCUCUGCGUGGACUUUCCCUGUGGCAAACGAUCAAACUGAUACCGAAGCUGCUGUUCAUAGACGAUGACAUCAGCAUCGAGGAGGUGGAACAAUGCAAGCGGAAGGAUUUGUUGGAAGAGAUAAUGCUUGAAAUGGCCGACGAGUUUCCAGCUUUCGGGCGCGUGUUCAUCGACGAGCGGGAUCUCUACCUGUGCCAUUCGCUGCAGAUGGCGGCAUUGCCACAUAUUAACCCUGUGGAUGGCCGUUCCGAACCGGUCCGGGUGGUUGGUGUAGUAGGAAUUGGGCAUGCGGCCGGUAUCUCUAAGCACUGGGGGAAAGUCGAUACAAGCCAAAUCGGAUCGAUCGUUACAAUUCCUCCAGCCAGCUUUGGCCAUCGCAUGGUGAAGUACACCGUUAAGUAUGGUUUGCUUGGGCUUGCUGCUUAUGGUGUGUUCCGGUACGCUCGGCCACGAUUGGAGCGAAUUUUGCUUUGAUUUUGCAACGCACACAUAACAUACAUUCGACCGAUAUUGCGCGUUUAGAACGUUGUUUAAUGCUAGAACCUCACGUUCGUUCUCGUGAGUUGCCUACCGAUAGGACGGAAAAGAAACGACUGUCGUAAUCAAAACAUAUACAUACAUAUUAAUCAAAGUAAGCGUAGGAUCGCACGCGACUAUGGUGUGGGAAAUAGAAGAAUGCGUUAAUGUUUCCUCUCGUUACAAUGCACCAACAUACCGUACGGUACCGUUUUUGUCAGCAUUCCAAGGAAUUCAAACCAGAACGAAGCACAAUCUAACACGGGUGCCCGCGACAAAUGCGUCGGGAAAUAAAACUAAAGUUCUCCGCAGUAAGCUAGGAAA